GAGAGAGACCUAUAUAUUCAUCGCCGUUCUUCUAGUUGAACCGACGGCGGCUCCUCCGGCGACGAAGAAGAUUGCUCUCUCUGGAAUCGAUGGCUCAAGGCGUAGAAGGCGACGCAGCUCGACCUCCUCACUUCAAUGGCUUGCCCUCCAACGCCAGCGUCGCCAACAACGCCAAACCAAAUCCCUUCAAUCGGAGGCAGAAGAUCGCGCAGCAGAGGAAGUCUCUGCCGAUCGCGUUGGGUACUGUGGCCUUCGGUUGUUGUGGAGAGGCGGCUCGUCCAGGAGGUGCGGAACAAUGACACUUUGAUAAUCGUUGGCGAGACGGGAAGUGGAAAAACUACACAGAUACCACAGUUUCUAUUCAACGUUGGGUUCUGUCGCGAUGGGAAGAUUAUUGGGAUUACUCAACCGCGGCGUGUGGCAGCUGUUACUGUUGCCAGAAGAGUGGCAGAGGAAUCUGGGGUUGAGUUAGGCCAAAGGGUCGGGUAUUCUAUCAGAUUUGAUGACAUGACAUCCGGUUCAACAAGAAUCAAGUACAUGACGGAUGGUUUGCUUCUAAGGGAAGCACUGUUGGAUCCGUAUCUUUCUAGGUACUCCGUGCUUAUUGUGGAUGAAGCUCAUGAAAGAACAGUCCACACUGAUGUGCUGUUGGGCUUGUUGAAAGAUGUUCAGAAUAAAAGGUCUGCAUCUGCCAAUGAUUGUCUAAAUACCGAAAAUAAGCAGUUGAACAAUGGCAUGGCCCUGGACAAAGGGCAAGGUGUUUGGUCCAGUACUUCGAAACAAUGCCAAAGCAGACGAUUGUCUACAUUGAAGUUGAUUAUUAUGUCUGCUAGCUUAGACGCACGUGUCUUCUCUGAGUACUUUGGUGGUGCAAGAGCCGUCCAUGUCCAGGGGCGGCAAUUUCCUGUGGAUACACUAUAUACUCUUCAUCCUCAACCAGAUUAUUUAGAUGCAACCCUGAUUACCAUAUUCCAGAUCCAUUUGGAGGAGGGUCCAGGAGAUGUCCUUGUAUUCUUGACUGGUCAAGAGGAGAUUGAAUCCGUUGAAAGACUUAUUCAGGAGCGACUACGGCAGUUGCCUGACGGCAACCGUAAUAUGUGGACUGUUUCUAUAUUUUCGUCUCUUCCCUCUGAGAAACAAAUGCGUGUCUUUGCACCCACUCAUCCUGGAUUUCGUAAGGUCAUAUUGGCCACUAAUAUAGCCGAGACAUCAGUGACAAUACCUGGGAUAAAGUAUGUUGUAGACCCUGGAUUUGUGAAAGCACGGUCAUAUGAUCCGGCUAAAGGCAUGGAAUCAUUAAUUGUCAUACCAACUUCCAAGGCUCAGGCUCUUCAAAGAAGUGGACGAGCAGGGCGUGAAGGACCUGGGAAGUGUUUUCGUCUCUACCCAGAAAGUGAAUUUGAGAAACUUGAGGAUUCGACAAAGCCCGAGAUUAAGAGAUGCAAUCUUUCCAAUGUUGUUUUGCAACUGAAGGCUUUGGGUGUGGAUGAUGUUAUUGGGUUUGACUUUAUAGAAAAACCACCAAGGGCAGCUAUUGUGAAAUCGUUGGAGCAGUUAUUUUUGCUGGGUGCUCUAACAGAAGACUGUAAACUAUCAGAUCCAUUGGGGCACCAGAUGGCUCGGCUUCCCCUAGAUCCCAUUUAUUCAAAGGCACUCAUCCAGGCUAGUCAGUUUAACUGCCUGGAAGAAAUGUUGAUUGCAGUUGCGAUGCUUUCAGUGGAAUCCAUAUUUUAUGCCCCUCGUGAGAAGUUAGAAGAGGCAAGAACUGCAAUGAAAUGCUUUUCAAGUGCAGAGGGUGACCACAUCACCUUGAUUAAUGUAUUUCGAGCUGCUGAUGAGUUCUUGAAGAAGAGGAAGAGUGGUCAAGGUAAAGAAAAAGACGACAAAGUUCUCAAAAAAUGGUGCAAAGAAAAUUUUAUCAACAGCAGGUCCCUUAGACAUGCACGUGACAUUCACAGACAGAUUCAGGGACAUGUAGAGCAAAUGGGGCUUCAAAUUGCUUCCUGUGGCGAUGACAUGGUUCAGUUUCGGAGAUGCCUUGCCGCUUCCUUUUUCCUCAACGCGGCUUUGAAGCAGCCAGAAGGUUCAUACAGGGCUUUGGCAAGUGGUCAGGUGGUGCAGAUCCAUCCUUCUUCUGUACUAUUUCGGACAAAACCAGAGUGCAUUAUCUUCAAUGAAUUAGUUCAAACUAAUCACAAGUACAUUCGCAACAUAACCAGAAUCGAUUACUUGUGGCUAACUGAGCUGGCUCCUCAGUAUUAUAGCAUGCCGAGAUAGGAUCCCCAGGAUCAAUUUUGACAGGUAUCUGACGUCGUAUUAACAGCAGAAGAUAUGCAUCAACAACUUUGCUAUUCAAUGGGCUGAUAUCUUUUGGCCAAAAAAAAAGGGCUGGUAUCUAGGCUGCAUGGUGGGAGCUAUGAUGGGAAUUGGAAUGGAUUCAGGCUAUUUUCAAUGAUUUAUGUCUUAUCCACUAAAUUAUCUGAUGGUAAUGUACCUGAAAGGUGCAGCGUGUGAUGGAAGUAUGUGCGGUCUAGUUAACUGGGACUGGCUAAGGAAGGGCACAGCAUGUUUUGAAAAUCCAUGGCUGAUUCUUUGGUUUCUCUGCCAAGAACCCUUCUAUUUCAUGGUCAAAAUUUGCCUUAGACGGUGACUUGAUUAUCAGCAGGCAGUAGACUGAAUGGAACCAAAGAGCCCUGUUUUGGUCUUGCCUUCGCAUAAUUUUUGGUGAAGCCAUUCCUUUAUCAAGAGGCCAUUUUGCCAGAUGAUGUCUUCAGUAACUCUAGGUCCUUGGUGGAAAUGAGUACGUAUUUUAACAUUUAUGGGAACUUGCAGCUUUUAGGCGGGAAUUGGAGCAUUAUGUUCUCAUGUGCCGGUUUAUUCAAAGGGACAAUUACCUUGUGGCACACUUCAACACAUUGUAUCGACAGGUUUAGAUGGGGACUUUGGCAGUAGCUGAAAAUCAAGCUGGGCGUGAUUCUGAAGUCUGAGGCUAGUCAGUUGUAUCAGUGUGUGUUUAUACUUGGUUCAAAACUAGAGAAGUUAUUUAUAGCAAACAAGUGUAUGUGGAUUCACCUCCAGCUUUCAUAAUUUACGAUAUACAAGGCCCGGUUUGUUA